GAGCCCGGAGGCGCUCGCGUGCCGCCGCGUGCUGCCGCGCUCCCGCCGGUUGCCUUCGCGCCCAGCGGGGGCUCCCCCUGCGCUGCCCUCGGCCUCCCCGAGCCCGCCGCCCGGGCGCUCCGCAGCUCCCUGUGCGUGCCCGCCGGGGACUCGCCAGGCGCCCUCGGGUGGGGGGCGCCGCCUCGGGGCCAUGGUGCCCUCGCAGGAGGAGCCCGCCGAGGCGCAGCCGCCCAGCCCCGCGCCCGCCGCCGCCGCCGCCGCCCCGCUGUCGGGCCCGGGACCCUCUGAGGGGCCCGAGGCGGCCACCGAGAAGGUGGAGGUGGAAGUGAGCGGACCGGCGGGCGCCGAAGCCCCUGAGCCCCCCGAAGGCGGCUGGGGCUGGGUAGUGAUGCUGGCGGCCAUGUGGUGCAACGGGUCGGUGUUCGGCAUCCAGAACGCCUGCGGGGUCCUGUUCGUGUCCAUGCUGAAGACCUUCGGGUCCAAGGACGAUGACAAGAUGGUCUUCAAGACAGCAUGGGUAAGUUCUCUCUCCAUGGGAAUGAUAUUCUUUUGCUGCCCAAUAGCCAGCGUCUUCACAGACUUAUUUGGUUGCCGGAAAACAGCUAUUGUGGGUGCUGCAGUUGGAUUCAUUGGACUCAUGGCAAGUUCUUUUGUAAGUUCCAUCGAGCCUCUCUACCUUACUUAUGGAAUCAUCUUUGCCUGUGGCUGCUCCUUUGCAUACCAGCCUUCGUUGGUCAUUUUGGGACACUAUUUCAAGAAGCGCCUUGGACUGGUGAAUGGCAUUGUCACCGCUGGUAGCAGCAUCUUCACCAUUUUGUUGCCUUUCCUUUUAAGGGUUCUGACAGAAAGCCUGGGCCUCUUUUACACCAUGAGGGUCCUCUGCAUCUUCAUGUUUGUUCUCUUUCUGGCGGGCUUUACUUACCGACCUCUUGCUUCCAGUGCCAAAAAGAAAGAGAGUGGAACCAAAGGAGGCCACAGAUUCUCCCUCUUUUCCAGGAGAAAGUUCGAUCCUCCAAAAAAAGUUUUCAAUUUUGCACUCUUCAAGGUGACAGCUUAUGCAGUGUGGGCUCUUGGGAUUCCAGCUGCACUUUUCGGAUACUUCGUGCCUUAUGUUCACUUGAUGAAAUAUGUGAAUGAAAAAUUCCAAGAUGAGAAAAAUAAAGAGGUGCUUCUCAUGUGCAUUGGCAUCACCUCGGGCGUUGGACGGCUGCUCUUUGGCCGGAUUGCAGAUUAUGUACCUGGUGUGAAGAAGGUUUAUCUACAGGUACUCUCCUUUAUCUUCAUUGGCCUGAUGUCCAUGAUGAUUCCCCUGUGUAACGUCUUCGGGGCCCUCAUUGCUGUGUGUCUAAUCAUGGGCCUCUUCGACGGAUGCUUCAUUUCCAUAAUGGCCCCCAUAGCCUUUGAGCUAGUCGGUGCCCAGGAAGUCUCCCAAGCCAUUGGAUUUCUGCUCGGAUUCAUGUCUAUACCCAUGACUGUGGGCCCACCCAUUGCAGGGUUACUCCGGGACAAGCUUGGUGCCUAUGAUGUGGCAUUCUACCUCGCUGGGAUCCCACCCCUGAUCGGAGGUACUAUCCUUUGUUUUAUCCCAUGGAUUCAUAGUAAGAAGCAAAGAGAUACCAGUAUCACCACAACAGGAGAGAAAAUGGAGAAAAUGCUGGACAACCAGAAUACACUUUCGAACUCUUCUGGAAUCUUUAAGAAAGAAUCUGACUCUGUGAUUUAAUGUCUUCUAUACCUCCACUAGACUGGACUUGCCUUCAGAAGUUCAAGCAAGCUUUCCUUUUAUAUGAAUUGCAAAUUUCUUAUUUUUUUAAUCACAUCCUAGGAAUAGCACAAUAAUUGGGAAAUAGUACCCAUAUCACCACAAGAACCGUUUUCUGUCACUGAAUAGUCUGGUAUUUCCAUGGGUCUGAGGGCAGAGACUUGUACAUGGAAAUAGUCCUGAAAUUCAAAUAGUGUGAGAAUUUGACGCUAUCUCAGUAAAAAGCAACUUUGGAAACUGUGAAUGCUAUUUAGCUUGUAAACUAUUUUUAAAUACCUCAAGCUAUACCGAAAGGGUUACAGUUUGGUUAGGAUUGAAAAUAUUGUUUAUAGUCACAGAUGGUAUUUUUAGUUUUGGUAUCUCUUUUAAUUUCAUCUGCUAUUUGGAAAAACAAUAUCCAUUUAAGUCUGGGUUCUAGAUAAUAGUUGCUUGCUCUAAAUCUCAAGCUGUGUUGAAGCAGCUUGCUGACUGUUAAAUAAGCGAUGGAAAGUGGUUAUGACUUGCUCCAGUGUCCGGGUCCUUCCCAGAGCAGAGGCUAACAAUAAACACAUUCAGAAUUGGGAUGAGAGAUGAAAAGGAUCCUGUUUGAAAGGGCAGAGCAGUCCAGAAAGCAGGCAUUUUUUCCAUCUGUUCCCUCUGGACUCGCAGUGUGUUUUACUCAAGUAGCCAGAAAUAACCCUGAUUUCUGAAUUUGUUUGAAUUCUAACAGAGUAAAAAGGAAUGAGUUGAAGAUACUCUGGCAAUUUUAAACUUAGAAUUUUUCUGACUUCUGAACUUGUUAGCAGUAGGACCUGUUAUUUAAACAAAAUCUUAAUUGAGCAUGCUAUCACAUUGCAGUCCUGGCACAGAUUGUGGGGAGAAUCUUUGUAUUCAUGAAGAAGUAACAAUUGAUUAAAUUGGUUUAUGAAAUGUA